AUGAUGGGGUGCUAUUCCUCCCACUGACACCAAUGAUGAGGCACUACUCCUCCCCUAACACAAAUGAUGGGGCACUAUUUCAUCCACUGACACCCACUAUUCCUCCCACUGACACUAAUGGGGAAACUAUUCCUCCCACUCCAAUGAUGGGGCACGAUUCUUCCCACUGACACCAAUGAUGGGAAACUAUUCCUCCCACUGACACCAAUGAUGGGGCACUAUUCCUCCCACUGAUACCAAUGAUGGGACACUAUUCCUCCCACU